ACCAGCUCCUGCCGCUCAUUGGCUCGCGCGAUUUUUGGCGCCUUUUCCCUCUCGCUGAGGGAAGGAGAUGACUCUUUGGGGCUGAGGGAAAAGGCUCGGCUGUGGCGGGGAGGAUUUCAGAGAGGGGCGAAGUUAAAACAGUUCCCUCGCUGUGUGUAGAGCAGGGAAGCCCAAAGUCUAGGGCUGAAACCCCCCCCCCCAAGAUUAAAAGAGGAAAUGCCCAGUUUGGGCUAAGAGAGAAAAGGGGAGAAAGAAAAUUGGCUGGGAUGGAUGGAGACUGAGGAGGGAGAGAUGAUUAAACUGGGCUGAAAUUUGGGAACGAGGGAGGGGGAGAGAAAUGGCAUCUGGAGCUGAGAUGUCCACUGGGACAGAAGCCCAGGAAAGAGGGCAGAAAAUGCCAGCUGGGGCAGGAGCCCAGGGAAUGUGGGAAGAGAUGCUCAGGGAUGAUGAAUGCCAAGGGCAGGAGGGCAGAGGCAGUUCCAGCAUGGGAGAAGCGGGAGGGAUGAGGAGAGAGGCAUCUGACAAAAACGAUACCCCAGGGAAGAGGGCAACUGAGGCUGAAUGGCCUGUUCCCAGUGGGGGAGAUCUCAUGGAGAAUGAUCCCAGGGAUCUGAGAGGAGAGCCCUUGGAGAAAGGAGCCAGUGGGACACCACCUCCUUCUGAUUCUCUUCUUACAAAAAGUGUUGAGGCGGGGAGGACGGGGUCAGGUAGCCCAAAAAAUAGUUGCUUAGACAGGGGUUCUACAGAGAGGGUCAAAAAGCCAAGCCAUAAGAAAAGGGGGCAGAGGCCCAAGGCUGAAGAUACUUUUAAAGGGCUGGCCAUCUACUUCCCUAAAGAGCAAUGGGCUGAAAUGGGAGAAUGGGAAAAAAUUCGUUAUAAGAAUAUGAAAGAGAACUAUGAGUUUAUGACUCAAUUAGGUCUUCCUACACCUAAACCAACAUUUAUGUAUCAUGCACGGCAACCUCCCAAAACUACAAAUGAGUCCUCUGAGUCCGAUGAGGAAUGGACACCAAAAUCUAUGGUAAAAUCUUUUAGGACACCAUGUAACCUGAGUAGCUGGAAAGAGGAAAAGCAAAAAAAGUACCCUGUUGAUCAAAAUAAGCAAAUAAACACUAUGGGACUUACUUCCAAAGACCAAGAACAUAUAAAGAAAACUGACAAAAAUACAUGUGCAGAUGUUCAUACUACAGACAUUGCAGCAGAAUCGAAGACUGAUAUUGAGAAGAAAGCUUUGUCGGGGAAAACAAAGAAUAGGAAAAGAGAUCAGGAGAAAGAAGUUAGUACAUAUAGUUUGCGGAAGAGGGAGAGAAAAACAUAUAUGGAAAUAAAUGAGCCAAAUGAUGAUGAUUACUUGUUUUGUGAAUACUGCCUGCUAUUCUUUAUUGAUGAAUGUUCAGUUCAUGGUUCUCCAGUUUUCAUCAAGGAUACAGCAGUAGAAGUAGGACUGGAAGAGAGGGCCACCCUCACUUUACCUCCAGGUUUGAGAAUUGGCCCUUCAGGUAUCCCCAAAGCUGGCUUUGGAGUCUGGAAUGAAGGAGAAAUUCUGCCUCCAGGAAUUCAUUUUGGGCCCUACGAAGGGAAAAUCACAGAGGAAGAAGAAGCAGCCAACAGUGGUUAUUCUUGGCUGAUUACUAGAGGGCAAAACUGCUAUGUUUACAUUGAUGGAAAGGAUGAAACUAAUUCCAACUGGAUGAGGUAUGUUAACUGUGCCCGGAAUGAGGAAGAGCAAAAUCUUGUUGCCUUCCAGUAUCAUGGGAAAAUCUACUACAGAGCAUGUAAAAUAAUCCUUAUUCAUUCUGAGCUUCUGGUUUGGUAUGGAGAAGAAUAUGGAAAGGAGCUUGGCAUCAAGUGGGGCUCUAGAUGGAAAUCAAGAAAAGGCUUAUGCAAUUUCUGCCUUCACAGACAUAUGAAAUGGAAGCAUUCAGGAUAUGGAAUACAGCCUGAAGUACCUGAAAAUGUACUAGCAGAGAAAUCUCUAUUCAAAAUCACAAAUAGUGCUUCAAACAGAACUAUGCUGCAGCACCAAGUGCCAAGUUGUGUUGACAAAGAUAAAGAUGAGGAGACACUGUUUUUAAAAGAUAUAAACAAAGAGACACAGAGUAGAAUUCAGUUUUCUAGAUGCAAUGAAAGUGGGGCAACUUUAAAGCAGUUGUCACACCCAGCCCAACAAUUAUGUAUAGGAGAGAGGCCACGUUCAUUUAGAAACUGUGAGAGAAGCUUCAGCUACUCAUCAGUGCUGGUCACUCACAUGCAAACACACACAAGAGAGAAGCCAUAUUCAUGUGGACAGUGUGGGAAAAGCUUCAGCCGUUCAGGACACCUGGCCAUCCACAAGCGAAUGCACACAGGAGAGAAGCCAUAUUCAUGUGGAGAGUGUGGGAAAAGCUUCAGCUGGUCAGGACACCUGGCUGUCCACAAGCGAACACACACAGGAGAGAAGCCAUAUUCAUGUGGAGAGUGUGGGAAAAGCUUCAGCUGUUCAGGACACCUGGCUGUCCACAAGCGAACACACACAGGAGAGAAGCCAUAUUCAUGUGGAGAGUGUGGGAAAAGCUUCAACCGGUCAGAACACCUGGCUGUCCACAAGCGAACACACACAGGAGAGAAGCCAUAUUCAUGUGGAGAGUGUGGGAAAAGCUUCAGCUGUUCAGGACACCUGGCUGUCCACAAGCGAACACACACAGGAGAGAAGCCAUAUUCAUGUGGAGAGUGUGGGAAAAGCUUCAGCCAGUCAGGAGACCUGGCCAGGCACAAGCAAACACACACAGGAGAGAAGCCAUAUUCAUGUGGAGAGUGUGGGAAAAGCUUCAGCUGUUCAGGAAACCUGGCUGCCCACACGCGAACGCACACAGGAGAGAAGCCAUAUUCAUGUGGAGAGUGUGGGAAAAGCUUCAGCUGUUCAGGAAACCUGGCCAAGCACAAGCGAAUGCACACAGGAGAGAAGCCAUAUUCAUGUGGACAGUGUCGGAAAAGCUUCAGCUGUUCAGGAAACCUGGCUGUCCACACGCGAACUCACACAGGAGAGAAGCCAUAUUCAUGUGGAGAGUGUGGGAAAAGCUUCAGCUGUUCAGGAGACCUGGCCAAGCACAAGCGAAUGCACACAGGAGAGAAGCCAUAUUCAUGUGGAGAGUGUGGGGAAAGCUUCAACCGGUCAGAACACCUGGCUGUCCACAAGCGAACACACACAGGAGAGAAGCCAUAUUCAUGUGGAGAGUGUGGGAAAAGCUUCAGCUGUUCAGGACACCUGGCUGUCCACAAGCGAACACACACAGGAGAGAAGCCAUAUUCAUGUGGAGAGUGUGGGAAAAGCUUCAGCUGUUCAGGAAACCUGGCUGCCCACACGCGAACGCACACAGGAGAGAAGCCAUAUUCAUGUGGAGAGUGUGGGAAAAGCUUCAGCUGUUCAGGAGACCUGGCCAAGCACAAGCGAAUGCACACAGGAGAGAAGCCAUAUUCAUGUGGACAGUGUGGGAAAAGCUUCAGCUGUUCAGGAAACCUGGCUGUCCACACGCGAACUCACACAGGAGAGAAGCCAUAUUCAUGUGGAGAGUGUGGGAAAAGCUUCAGCCAGUCAGGAGACCUGGCCAGGCACAAGCGAAUGCACACAGGAGAGAAGCCAUAUUCAUGUGGAGAGUGUGGGAAAAGCUUCAGCUGUUCAGGAAACCUGGCCAGGCACAAGCAAACUCACACAGGAGAGAAGCCACCUUAGUGUAACAUAGUGGAUAGAGCUACCACUUCCAGUACAGAGUAUGGUGCUGUAUUUUGAAUGUUUUUAGUCAUAAAGUAAGCACCUCUGCAUUUCUGCUCAUCUAGCGGUUUUAGUGCAUUUCCCCAUCUGCUGUAGUAAGCAGGACUCUAGUCAUUUGCUGUCUAUUUUGUAGGAAAUUUUAUCACAAGUGACUAUUGCUAAAGCCAGCACCACUACUCAUACCACCUCAUUGUUUUAGAGCUCUUACAGACACAAUUUUGGGUAUAUGACCCUAGAAGUGAAUUUUUGUGUGGCAAGCCCUAGAAGUUUAUUUGGUGAACAUUUUUUCACCCUUAUGCUUUUUAAUGCACCACAAUCUGAUUUAAAAUGAAAGAAGUGCCUAUGUUUUAAAUGUUGAAGUUUUGUAAUAAGCAUUUCUUCUUGAGGGCCAAUAUGAAAACGCAUAGGGUGCUAUACUACUUGUGGAGUUACCUGAUGUAAUUUAUAAAGCUACAUUUACAUUA